GCAAUUUAAAAAGAGUCUUAGAUGAGAUAAGAGAUGAAUGCCAUGUCUAAGAACUAUCUAAUAACUCUGCAUGGGCAUCAGUACUGUCUCACGGUCAAUUAUCUAAUCCUUGCAUGCGUCGAAGAUAUAGAUCGAGGCCACCAAUACCACCAAUGCCACCAAUGCACACCAUGUAUUCCUUCACACCGUGCACGAGCACCGCUACUUUUGUAUACUCUUACAGGUAAAGCACAUGCAUGUUUAUCUGGUGACCGUGCGAGGAUAUCGCAACGGUUGAGAUUUAUGUGUGAUGGUAACUUCGUCAUCAUCCAUACAUCCACACGAUAUAUAUCCAUGGAUGGGUUGAAUGAGGUGAGGUUGGUUCAGAGCAGCUUACCAGUAACAGCUAAUCCUAAUUAUACUAAUCCUCUGUAAUUUCUCUCUCUCUCUCUCUAUAUAUAUAUCUAACCUACUACUGUCUACUGUCUACCGUCUUCUACCUGUGUUCAAUAAUUGUGGCUGUCUCGUAUCUUCGAGUCUCGCCCAACCGCCGCUUGAGGUCUCGCCAGUAACUCCACCUCCACCUGGCAACGUCGACUCUGAUUUUUCUCUCCUCCUGUUUCUUCUGCUUGAUAUUUAUACA